UGUAACAAUACUUGUACAUAUAUGUGCAUUUGUGGAGAGACAAAGUAUGUUCAGCUCCUGCACUCCUAUCUUUCUGGUUUUUUUUUUUUCUUGAUUUCAGUAUUUUGCAGAGGUAAAGAGUUACAAAAGCUGAGACUCAAGAAGGUUAAGGGAUCCUCAGAACGAGAAGACAUGAGUCUUAUGUAUAGUCCUAGUUUCAACUAUCAAGAUGGAGAAUUGAGAAGGAAUCAAGAAUCCAUGGAUUUGAAUUUCCAUCAUUACCAUCAAGCAGAACACCAGCAUAGUUCAGGCCUACUGCGUUAUCGGUCAGCACCAAGCUCAUUUCUUGAGAGUCUUGUCAGUGGCGCCACUGGCCAUGGGAAUGAUAGUGGUGGCAUUGAAGGUGAGGAUUCUCUGUAUUUCCAAGCUUCGAGCCCUGAUAUGGAUACAGUGUUGGCAAGGUUUAUGUCAACAUGUAAUGGUUCAGGGGAUUCCAAUUCUGAGAAUUUGCAAGAAUAUGAAAAAAGACCAGCAAUGAAGCAAGAAAUGGAAGAUUCACAAAUAGUUUAUCAAAGUUCACCAAUCAAUAAUUUGGCUAGUAAUGGAAAUUCUGUGGAUGUUAGCAAUUCUCUGGACAGCAGUUUUGGUGUUAUGAACUCAAUGGCCUUGGAAAAUUCUAUGCAGGCUUCAAAGAUGAGCACUGUGAAUGGUUCAAAUCUUGUGAGGCAAAACAGCUCUCCAGCUGGAUUUUUCUCCAACCUAGGCGUUGACAACGGCUUCACUGUGACAAAGGAUGCAGGCGGUGUUCGAGCCUGCAAUGGCUUGAAUGGAGAAGCUAAUCCAUCAACUAGUAGCUUAAACAAUCAUCUAAGUUUCCCUUCAGGGCAGAGGCUUUUGCCUCAGAUUGCUGAAUUUGAAGAUGAAAACCCUGGGGCAAGUAGUCCUGAAGAGAACACUAGAAAGAGACAGUACAUGAAUUUUGCAGAUAACACAUGGGAUGAUCCUUCAUUGAAUGACUUUAAGCGGUUAAGAAGUAACGAUGGAAAUGUGUUUUCUGGCUUAUACAUGUUGGACAAUCAGAAUGAGAAUUCUGGAACUCGUGUGUCCGGUUUGACUCAUCACCUGAGCUUGCCUAAGACAGCUGCAGAGAUGGCUAAUGUAGAGAAGUUUCUGCAGUUUCAAGAUUCUGUUCCCUGUAAGAUUCGAGCGAAAAGGGGUUGCGCUACUCACCCUAGAAGCAUCGCAGAGAGGGUAAGAAGAAUGCGAAUUAGUGAAAGGAUGAGGAAGCUGCAAGAUCUUUUCCCAAACAUGGACAAGCAAACUAACACAGCAGAUAAGUUAGAUUUCGCAGUCGAGUACAUUAAAGAUCUUCAAAAACAGCUCAAGACCCUCAAGGAUACUAAAGCAAAAUGCAUGUGUUCUAGUGAACAGAAACAGCAUUCAAGUUCUUCUUCUUGAUUUGACUUCUGUACAUACAUUGCAGCUAGGAAAAUGGGGAAGAUUGUGAAGAAUCACUAGCUACUUAAUUUUUAGUGUAAUGUAGGAGAAUAGGAUCAUAGGAGAUUGUGAUGCUCCUUUUUUUUUUGGCUUUAAGCUGUCUUAUUAGUGAAUCUCUUCAGAAAGAAAAAGAAAUCAGAUUCUGCUGUACUUUAGUCUGUAGGGCUUUUCAAGAAGAUAGGUUGCUUAGCAAAUAAUUAUGUUGUAAUUUCUUGAAUGUAAAUGUCUUACUUGUGUUUUGUGCAA